ACCCACGCUUUUUCCCUUUUCGCCAUUACUUUCCAGAGCAAGGGUUUUCUCUCUCGCUUUAGCUUUUCAUUUUCUCUCUGCUUUUUCUCUGUGAGUGUAUAAAUGGCGGACCAGGAGGUUCAGAACGGCGGAGCUGAGAAGGUCACCACUGAGUUCAAGAGCACUGUGGCUUUUGAUCUCGUCUCUGUGCUUGGAGUCGAAGCACCCAAGGCUGAAGAGGCCGUUCAGUUCUACAAGGCGGUCUUCGGCGCUGUGGAGGUUGAGCGUGUCGCGAACCCUAAGCGUAAGGCGGACCUGGAGCAACCUCUCCUUCAGGUGCUGCUUCAGUUUGGCUCCGGCAAGGUUUUGGUCGUCGAUCGCCUUGAGGAUGAGUUAAAGUCUCAGCAAAACAGUUCUUUCCAAUUGGUCUCUGAGGAAGAUGUUGAAGCUGUGAUUAAGAAGGUUGUGGCUGCUGGAGGGAUCACAGAGGGUGUUGGUGUGACUGAGGACCAUGCCUUCCCUGGAAAGCUUUGCUCUGGCAAAGUGAAGGAUCCAUUUGGCAUUGUUUGGACCAUUGUUGGCAACAAGAGCACUACUGCUGCUUCUGAGUUUGGGGAUAACAACACCUCUGCGGCCGAGUUUGGGCAGAACAACACCAAUGAAGCUUAGCGGCUUCAAGCCAUCUUGUGUUAUCGGUGCUGUGACCGCUUUUGACUGUCGUUUGGUCUAAUAUUUAAUCUAGUAGCAAGUAUGAAUUAGCUAGUCUGAUUCUGGGUAGAUGUAGUGGCCUUAAUGUUUUGCCAUUCGGCUUAAUCGGUGGGUUUUUAUUUUGAAGAAAUGGACUAGCUCUUGCUGUGGUAUGAUGGUUAUUACAGAUACAGUUUUUAUGAUCUGAUCGGAAUUCGUGUUUCC